AUGAUGGUCAGUACGAUCGUUUUUCCGAAAACAAUAUGCGCAUGAGCCGUGACCUGGAAGGAACAGAAGUUUCGCCUGUUAUAAGGGGUGAACUUUAUGACUCGGUCGGCCGAUUAUCAAAAUCAAUGAAGGCACCAUCGGAUUACCGAGCGAACGACGUUUUCGAUUUUCGGAUGAAACAUCGUCUGGAAUUCGAACCAUGUAUGACCUGCUUAAGGAACCAGUAAUUUUAGAUUAAAAGUGGAAUUCCACUCUCAGUUAACAUGGACUACUUUUAAUCAUUCUGCUAUGUGUUAUUUCAAAAAAAAAAAAAAAAAAAAUCUAUAUA